AUGGGUCUCUUCUCACGAAAGCCACGACAGACGUCCCCGAGCCCACCGCAGGCGACACCGGAGUCCAGCGUGCGCAUCGUGCCCACGCCAGACAGCCAGGCUGAACCUCCCUCCGCGUCCCCCGCCCAGCGCACCUGGUCGAAGGACUCCGAGGGCUAUCCUUCCUGGCUCCCCAAGCGCCCACCACCCCCUGCCCCCGCCUCGACCUUCCAGUCCUCGGCCGGCACGCCCACGCCCAUGUGCGACCCCGUCUCCAGCGAACCGUCGACGCCCGGGCCCGCGUCCUGGGGUGGCCGCAAGCCCACCCCUCGGUCCAUUCGCAUCGUCAGCCUCACUGAUGACCGCCGCGUGCCCACCGACCACACUCGCGUCCCCAGUACGCCCCUCCAGCCGCGCGUCUGGUCCCGCGCGACCGCGGGCGCCAUCUCCCCCACCGUGUUUGAUGGCACCGAGCCGAAGCCCCUCCAGCCUCGCUUCCGCGCCAACGGCCUCCAUCUCGAGCUUCUUCGCAGCCCGUCGGUCGCCUCGCGCCUCUACUUCGCGCUCUUUCACGUCCUCGUCUUCCUGCACAUCCCGCUCCAGACGUUCUUGGAUUUCAACGCCGUAUUCAUUAUCUAUCAGGUAGCCAAGUAUCCGAAUCCAGAAGCACCUGGUGUGCCUGGCUCAGGCAAGAACUGGGCCCUUGCGAUGGCUGCGUACAUUGCCUGCUGGGUCUUCUGGAUCUUCGGCGUCUUCAUCCUCUAUGAAGUGGUCUAUUCAUUCGCGCGGCGUUGGAGGAUCAAACGGCCAUUGAUGCUUCCCAUAUACAUGUCAUCGCCUGCGUUCAACCUCGCGUCGAUCACUUCAUAUAGCAACUUCUGCUUCCUGCAUCAUCUCCGAUACGCGGCCUUCUUCGGGGAGAACGGCAGCUUUCGUGAUGGGCUGGCUGAAACUUGCUGGUAUUACGCCCAGAAUCUGCCCACCGUCGCGCUGCUGCUUCCUCGGGCGGGAUUGGCCAUCGCCCUGUUGCUGAGUUAUUCAUCGCCACAGACCAGCGAGGUGCUAGCCCUUCGCGCUGGUGGUCCCCGGAGAGAUGGCACGUUUUUCCACGGUGAUGACGGCACGCUCACCGCGUAUGCUCAGGGCGUGUUAUAUGCCAAUGCGGCAUGGACGGGCUGGCGCAUUGUCGUCCUUUUCGGAAGCUGGCUUGGAUUGUGGAUCUCAAGCGGUCAGGCCUUUGGCGGACUUUGUGGCCCACGCUACAGAUGGGACGAGGAGGAGACUGAGAAGCGGCUUUCGAUGUUCUCCGACAACAUGUCUGUUCCUGACACAGUGUUGUGGGACUGGCGCGAGCGCACGAAGGAGCGCCUGCAGGAAGCGUUCGAGUUCUGCCUAACAAUCAAACAUCGGCGGCACUGGAGUGGGCCGGAUGGGAAGCAGGUCUCGGAGACUACGCAGUUGGUUAGUGGGGUUUCGCGCGCGUCGCCUGCGCCGUUCGAUGGGAUGGAUCGUGUUAUGGCUGCGGUCGGAUUGCCUAGCAGUCCUGCACCUGCCAGACGCCCUGUGCUUUCGGAGGACCUCUUCUCGGAGCCAGGGCCUUCGGGCACGAAGCAUGGACUUUCGGAUGUUAUCCCGCCGGUCAAGAAGCGUUCCUCGAAGGAGGAGCCUGCACCCGGGGAGUCAGAACCUCUGAAGGUGUUGCCUUACCCCUUUACGACGCCAUCUGCGCGCGGGUCUUCGUCGGACAAGGUGCCCUUCCCGCCGUCGCCUGUGCUGUCGAGCCAGAAGCAGACGACGAGUGAAGGCACCGAGGAGCACGACACCGAGGAAGGAGAAGAGGAAGAGGAAGAUGAGGAAGGAGGCGUUACGAGCGGGACAGGCGAGGUUGAGCAACCAUCGGAGCCCAGGACGUCCGCAUCCAUGUCGAGUUUGGGACAGCCUAUCAACUCCCGAUAUCCGUUCCAGUUCCGCCACCCCCGCCGCGGAAACUCGCUCUCGUCGGGGUCGCCGUCGCACAUUACCCCGCACUCGCAUGGCACGACGCCCUCGAGCAACUCGCACCAGACGCCCUCGACCGGCAACUCGCACCACCAGACGCCAUCGAGCAACUCGCGCUCCGCGCAGUCGCGCCUCUCGCACGGCGCCCAGUCGGCCUCGACGCGCUACCACGAGAGCAUCGACUCGCACUCGCCGCGCUCGCAGUACACGUCGACGAGUUCCAACAUGCCGAGCCCGAUGAGCUCAAACGGGAUCCCGAUGCCCCCGCGCCACCCGGGGCGCGAGGGUCGCCGCGCACGCGCGGGCACGGUGCCGUCCAGCAUCAUGGAGUCCCCGAGCCCGGUGAACUUCCCACGCGGCAGCCGCCCGAGGGCGCAGACGCGCGCAGGCGAGUUCGGCUCGGCGCUGUCCAGCUCAGAGGCGCUGCAGUCUGACUUUGACGAUUCGUACCUGGACGACUCGAUGGCGUUUGAGCAUCCGGAGCCGGAGGGUUCGCACGAGGCGGCGGAGAAUGAGGAUAGCGUUGGCUUGUUGUCGCAGGCGUCGAGCAAUAGCCCGCGGCCGUCGUUGUUGGGGUCUCCUCGGCAUCGCUCGCGGUCAGGCUCUGCUUCGCGGACGAACUCGCACUCGGAUUCUUCGCGCUCUAGGGCCGGCUCAUUCUCGCUCAGCGUUCGAGAGCGCACGCAGAGCCUGAUGCAAAGCGUCAGCGCGGCGAGCCAGUCCUCGAUCGACCUUGUAGCGGGCCGUCGCUCUCGCGUGAACUCGUCGAUGGCGCGUCUCGAGGAGGACACGCAGUACAUGUCUGACCGCACUCACUCGCGCUCGGGCAGCAGCUCAGAUGCUGUGGCGAGCAGUGGGGAGAACUACACGUUUGGUGUGCCGCUGCGGCAUCAAUGGCAGGCUCGCGAUGAGCAGCGGGUGGAUGAAGAGCCGGAGCCAACCUCGCCCUCGACGUCGACGUUCCCGACGCCUACGAUCCACGCACCGCCCUCCCCGCGCGUCGUGAAGAAUGACAGUGAUGAAGACAUUACGCAGCGCAUUCCGGACGACACCCUUUCGCACGUCUCCGAAGAAUCGUACCCAGGCCAGGGCGACACCGCGUCGAUUGCCGCGCCCUCCGCGCAUCUGUCGGAGAUCACGGUGUCCGCGUCGCCUCCUGAUACUUCUCGGUCUCGGGAGGGAUUGGCGAUUCCUGGCCGGGAGCGGCAGUCCCACGAGCAGUCGUCGGGAAGCAGCCACCGCGACCUCAGCACGGCGCCGGCGUCAUUUGUCACUGGCGCGCCCACCAUGCAGGACUCGACCUCGAGCCGGCGGGGCCCCUCGAGCUGGGGCGACUCGCACAUGGUAGACCGCUCUGACGAUGCGUGGAGGAAUCCGUAG